GCUAACUUAUAAUGUCUAAGUGAACCUGAUGCAGUAAAAGGAUCGAAGAAGACAUAGAAAUGAUGUUGCUUCUCGAUAACACUCACAACCUAAAGUAAAAAGUUAACACUGACAUGUUUAGCGUUGGGUAAAUAGUUAAUAGGCAGAACUGCAAUACACCAACGAGGCAGCAGUCGUGUCCCCCAAAAAGGGGACAUCAGAGCCAUGGCGACUGCACAGUCUGCUGUAACGUUUGCAGUGUGCGUCCUCGUUGUAACAGAGCUGAUACUUGCCAGGAAGGACUACUACGAUAUACUGGGAGUGCCUAAAGAUGCUACUGAGCGACAGAUAAAAAAGGCUUUCCACAAGCUUGCAAUGAAAUAUCACCCAGAUAAGAACAAGAGCCCGGACGCUGAAGUGAGAUUCAGGGAAAUUGCUGAAGCUUAUGAAACUUUAUCAGAUGAACUCAGAAGAAGAGAAUAUGACCAGUUUGGUGACACCUCUGCAUACUUCACUGGGGAAACGCAAGGCAGACAUAGACAGAGUGCCCGCCAACCUUUCAGCUUCAACUUUGAUGACAUUUUCAAGGAUUUUGACAUCUACAGCCAGAACAGGCAUGCCCGUCACCGAAGACACUUUGAUGAACACUCCAGACAUAAGAGACACUUUCAAGGAGGUUUUGGAGCAGGUAUCUUUGAUGACAUGUUUGAUGACAUAGAGAGAAGGUUUACCUUUGACAGACACACCAAACAGACUGAAAACAGGUUUCAUGGUGCAUCAAAACAACACUGUAGGACAGUGACACAGCGCAGAGGAAACAUGGUAACCACAUACACAGACUGUACUGCAUCUUAAGAUGCAAUGUAAAAUGACCUCUGACUUAAAACUGCCUUAAGGGGAUACAAUAUUGUUGUAUUGAUUAGGUAACAGAAAGCCACUUGGUUCAAAUGCUGUGAACAGUGACACGAAGAUCUGACAUUCAGGCACAGAAUGACAACGUGAACACUCAGUUUACUUAGCUACUUAGGUCUAAAUUCAAAUAAGCUAUGUUCCUGUGUGUGCUCAUGGACUUGUACAUGAUUGUAGUAGUUUUUCACCUAUUGUUGAAGUAAGAUGACAGGGAGUAUUUUGUCAGUAUUUUUAAGCACCUUGUUUGAUAGUGGAAUUUGCUAACUUUACUGUUUGGAAAAAUAAAACAAUCAUACCGAAACUGGCACAGGAAUAUCCAUGUGUCAGUUCAUCACUAGUUCACUACGUCCACCUUGUUCUUUUGUACAGUUUUUAGUUUCUUUUGUAUAGGUCUUGCCAUUGUGGGUCUCAAAACACGCUCAAAACAAGUAGAAACAAUAGCAGUCAGUGGAGUUUUGCUUAUGGCUGUCAAAUGGGGAGCAUUGUCAACAAAAAUCAGUGACCCUCCACAUGUAGCUGGUGUUUGUACUACAUCUUGUUGAAAUAUUUGUGUAUUCUACACUGCCAGUCACAUUUUUUGAACAUCAUAUAUUUUAACAUUUGUGGUUAAAUCUCCAUCUGUGCAAUUAUAAAGUAAUUGUAUAUAUCUGUAAAGUAGGAAAGAGGUAUAAGUAAAUAGAGAAAUGAUUGUGACUCAGAUUUUAGUGAAAGUAGCCUAGAUCUACAGGGCUGGGCUGAACACAGAUGUCAUAGCUUUUCAAUUAAUACAGUUAAGUGUGAAGCCUGUAAUGUUCUGUUUUUCUUGGACUGUUUGUGGUAUUUUGCUAUUUAGAUAUCUGGACUGAGACCAUCUUUAAUACGAAAAAGUCACAACCAUUUCAAAUUUCUGAAACCCAAAUUUACUCAUAUUUUUAGAUGUAGAGUAUUAAAUCUGAAUUGACAAUUAUAAUGCUUGAAAUUUAACCAAAAAUCCUCAAAUAUAGGUAUUUAAAAACUUAUGACUGGCAUGUAAGACAAACUACAAAGGAUGUUCUAUGUGUAAACUAUCUUGCAGAGGACCAACUGAACUGCAAGCUGACUACAGUAUGUACUCAAGGUUUCAUGACUAGUAAUUUUACUAGUCACAAGAGUUGUAUUUUUUUUUUUUUAAUGGAGAGAAGUGUAAUAUACUGCUUUUAAAAAAAAAUCAACAUUAAGUGUAAGAAUACUGCACUACAGUACUACAAUGCUGAAGAAAUACUGUAUGUAUAAGUACAUACAAGCAUCAAUGUUCAGCACAUUCUCUGAAUCUGGUGAUGGCUACUCACAACAGUGUUGACUAGUUGUUGAAACCCCCAGUACAAACUGUUUUCCUAACAUAUCAUCUGUUACCUCAUACCUUUAAACUAGUUACAGUGACAUGCUCCUUUUACACUGUAGUGAGCAAUAUUUAUUUCCUAUAUUGGUAGUGUUGUAAAUAUUCAAUGGCACUUUCAAUUUUGUAUAAUUAAAAAAUGUGUUUGAAGAAAUAAAACGCAGAGACCAAACAGA